AUGAGUCAUUCACAUGUAAAAGUGGGCGUUGGAUACUCGCCUGCUCACAAGCGUGUUCACAAACUAUUUUCGGCUACAAUCGUAAACAAAACGUCACAACCAGUCACAGGUACAGUCUUGUAUACUUGUGACAAUUCUGGUACGUGUCAAGAUCAAACAUUGCGUGGUAUACUAAAUGCAAAUGGUGGAGAAUUGCGUGCGAAUAUAGUACCAUGUACACAUGAAGGUGCUGCUGUUAAUAAAGCAAUAAAACAAAUUGAGAUUGAAAAACAAGAUUCAACAAAAAUGGUAUUGUCUGCACCAUUUCAAGAUGGUCCGACGGAUGAAAAUUGGGUAUUCGAAGUAAACGACAAUCAAAUUAGCACAAUUCCAAGUACCCAAUGA